AACGAAGGUUUGUUUUGUUUCUUCUUCCAUUCUUCUUGCUGCAGGUGAAUGAAGAUCAAGAACAUUUUGACUCUCAAAAUAACAUGCUCUAGUUCUAGACUUCCUGUGGUGGUAUACAAAUAUGUUAAUAGAAACCUCACGGUCUGUUUACUUUUCCGCGAAAUGUAGCAUAAAAUUCGCGUCCGCUUUUCCGGUUCAAUUGCUUAUUUACAUAGUUGAUCGGUCGUCCCGGCUGUCAAAAGUGUAGUGCAAGCAGUGUGAGUUUGUGUGCGUGCAGUUCAAAAAAAGCGAAGGUAGGUCGAGGGCCAUUGUAGCGGCUUGCCGGAACGCGACACGGGUACCAUCAGCAUCACUCCGACGGUUAAUGUAGGUUGAUCUGCUCCAACGAGCACUGUCAGACGAGAUCUUGAUACGCUUAUCACCUGUGAGCGCAGUAAGUUUGCCGGUCUUAUCAGACAUCCAAAUCCAGUCAGUCAUUGGAAGAAUCGAGAGUAAGUGAAUAAAAUGGCUAUGUCCGUUCUGCGAAAUUUCACCCGCAAUAUGGCCACGGCUGCUAAGAUUAACAAUGUGGUCGUCAUUGGUGGUGGGCUGAUGGGUUCCGGUAUUGCCCAGGUUGCGGCUGCCACGGGACACAAUGUAACGUUGGUGGAGAUGAGCGAUGCCCUGGUGGAGAAGGCCGUUGGAGGCAUUCGCAAAAGUCUGGAGCGUGUGGCCAAGAAGCAGUUCAAGGAUGAUGCCACCAAAGGGAAACAGUUUGUGGAUGGCACGUUGGCAAAAAUUAAUGGCGCCACCGAGCCGGAAUCGGCCGUCCAGGGUGCGGAUCUCGUCGUCGAAGCGAUCGUCGAGCGGAUGGAUGUGAAGCAUCAGCUGUUUAGCAAGCUCGACGUAGCAGCGCCCACCCACACCAUAUUUGCCAGCAACACGUCCUCACUGUCGAUCGCGGAGAUUGGUUCGGUGACGAAACGGCAGGAUCGAUUCGGAGGACUGCACUUCUUCAAUCCGGUCCCGGUAAUGAAGCUGCUCGAGAUUAUCCGCACGGACCAAACGUCCGAUGAAACGUUCCAGGCGCUGCAGAGUUUCGGGCAGCGGCUAGGGAAGGCCUGCAUUACCUGCAAGGAUACGCCCGGCUUCGUGGUGAACCGUUUGCUUGUACCGUACAUGGCUGAAGCGAUCCGGUUGCUCGAACGUGGCGACGCAUCGGCACGGGACAUUGACACGGCGAUGAAACUCGGCGCUGGCUAUCCCAUGGGACCGAUCGAGCUGAUCGACUAUGUUGGACUGGACACGACCAACAACAUCCUGCAGGGCUGGCAUGAGAAAUUUCCCGACAAUCCACUAUUUGUGCCGAUCAAAACGCUCCAGCAGCUAGUUAGUGAGGGCAAGCUGGGUGUUAAAAGUGGCGAAGGUUUCUACUCGUACAAGAAGUGAGCACCAUUCACGGCGUAACGAUUUAAUAAAAGCAUUUUUAGCUAUUUAGC